AUGGUUAAUCAAGAUUCUCUUUCUAUGCAAGACUGUGGAGGGAAUCAGAAGCAAAUCAAAGACAAUAAAAACCAGGAAAAGUUACAAGUGCAUUUCAACGAAGGAAAUGGCGAAAAAAUAGGCGAUGCGGGAAUUUCCGACAACAAAUUUAGCACAACAUUAAAUCUUACUAACCAACAUCUUGACGAAUCAACGUUAGAACAUUUUAAUGAAAUCUUCUCAAAAUCGCUAGAAAUGAAGGAAGUAGCAAAGACGAAAAAUUUGGCUAUUGAAAAGGAAUUUGCGGAUUUAAAAGAAAGAUUAAGUACAAGUUCGGAUUAUUUGCUAAGAAUUAAGAAAAAUAUCGAAAACAUAAAGUUUUCUUAUCAAAGAAGUUUAAUGGACAUGAAUAAGUCUUUAACAAUGGACGAAAGGUAUACAAAUCAAAGCAAACAGGACAUGAAAGCAAGUAUGGAAGAGAUAAGGAAAAAAAUUGAAAAUUUACAACACAAAGUAAAAUCGCAAAGAGAAAAGCAAGAAGAUGUUUCAAAGGACUAUAAAUCUGCAUUUGAAAAAGUUAUUAACACCUUGCAAGAAAUUGAAAGUGGAUCGUAUAGUUCACAAAAAAUUGAAUAA